UUUUUUUUUUUUUGCCUGCUCCAAUCCCUUCUCUAUCUUAGACGACCGUCUCUUGUCGAAUGACUCACGAGAUAUUCCAGUUUGAACUCAUCAUUCAGUAGCAGCCCUCUGUCGCCUAAUCGCUCAUCUUCCCUCUGCGGCAUUGAACCUGGAGUCGAUGGCAAUCAUGGAUGCCUCGUCGCACAACGGCCCGCCAGUGCCCAACUCCGAGAGAGAGAAAACCAGGGAUUCGUCUCUAGAUGACAUAGGUCACAUUUCCUCUCGAGUUGACCCCGGCGAUGAAGAAUCGGGCCUCGACGAGUCUCAACCGAAAGAGCUCGCCAAGACCACUACUAACGGUAGUCAUGCUGGGGCACUGGCUUGGAGGACGCUAUCUCUCGUCCGCACGAGAGAGUCAGGAAGGGAUGUUGGCCCUGCUCCCGACGGCGGUCUCGCAGCCUGGAGCCAAGUAGGGCUAGGGCAUUUUGUCAUAUUCAACACGUGGGGGUACAUCAACAGCUUUGGCGUCUUCCAAACCUAUUACACCGAGAAACUGGGACGGCCGCCAUCCGAUAUAUCGUGGGUGGGAAGUAUCCAGAUUUUCCUCCUGUUCUUCAUCGGCACCUUUUCCGGCCGUGCUACGGAUGCCGGAUAUUUCAAAGUCACUCUGGCAGCGGGGGCCUUGUUGGAGUUGUUCUGUAUCUUCAUGACCUCGUUGUGCACGGAAUACUGGCAAUUAUUCCUGGCUCAGGGUGUCGGGCAGGGCAUCGGCUGCGGGCUUAUGUUUUGCCCGACUAUUGCCCUUAUACCCACAUAUUUCACCACGAAACGUGCGAUUGCCAUCGGCAUCGUAGCAUCGGGGUCCGCCACGGGAGGCCUCGUGUUCCCGGCCGUCGUCAUGCGCCUGCUACCCCGGGUCGGGUACGGGUGGACCAUGCGAACCUUGGGGUUCAUUUCCCUUGCCACGUUGACGCCGUGCCUGGUCUUUCUGAAGCAACGGCUGCCUCCGCGCCGGAGUGGCCCCCUUGUUGAAUGGGCGGCCUUCACGGAACUUCCCUACGCGCUUUUUGCCAUCGGCAUGUUCCUCAAUUUCUGGGGCCUCUAUAUCGGCUUCUUCUAUAUCGGCAGCUUUGGACGCAAUGUCAUUGGCGUGUCUCAGUCAACUUCAAUCGACGUUCUUUUGGUGAUGAACGGCGUCGGCUUGCUUGGCCGGCUGAUCCCUAACCUAAUGGCCGAUUGGUAUUCUGGCCCUCUGAAUAUGCUGAUCCCCUUCAGCCUGGUCACUGGGGUCAUCUCGUAUUGCUGGACAGCAGUGGAUGACCAAGCGGGCCUGUAUGCGUUCAGUGCUUUUUACGGUCUUUCGGCUGCCGGAAUCCAAUCCCUCUUCCCAGCCACUCUGAGCACCCUCACGACGGAUCUGAAGAAAACCGGUGUGAGGAUGGGUAUGGUGCUUAGUGUGGUAGCGGUGGCCGCUCUCAUUGGUUCCCCAAUCGCGGGCGCUUUGAUCCAACAGGGGAACGGCCAUUAUUUGUAUGCCCAAAUGUUCAUGGGCAGUGCUAUCAUCGCCGGAAUGCUGACCCUGUUGGUUUCGCGAGUGGCCAAGUUGGGAUUUGCCUGGCAGCGAGUAUGAGGCAGGGAGGGGGGCGGGCGAGCUGAUGGUGGACAAGGGCCAUGGGGUUCGUAUGUAGGAGAUACCUUAGAAGCAACGUAUUGAGACCUGAAUGCAUGCGUGUAGAUGGACUGACUGAUGGAGGCGAGAAGACGACUGUCAAUCCACGGCAUGUGAUUGGCGGGGCGGAUGAGGUAAGAUCGUGCCUGAGGUCCUUCACCCCGCCUGCGCUGGGAAAUCUUCGGCGUGACUCUUCCUCUUCCUCUCUCUCUCUCUCUCUCUCUUUCUCUCAUAUCCUCCCUCUCUUCCGC